CACCUUCUCUACCGUGUAUACAUACAUACAUACAUAGGCAAAUUUAACUCUCUGCUCUCCAAUUUACAGACUUGAUCAGUUCAGUUCGUUCUCAGUUUAUUUCAUUCUCGCCACGGACGCCCGCUCAUUCGGUUCUUGUGCGCAAUGGAAAUAUUUCUGAGGCUCAUCGUGAUCUUUGUAAAAGUGGUCGCUUUGAUCGUAUCUCCGCUUCUGGAGGCAUUUGUUUAUCCUCCCCAAUCCAGGAGGACGCUCAUACCACCAAUUAGAAGUCGCCUGCUCACCCUCAGCGUUCAGGAACUACGCAGACGCCUUCAAUCCCGCCAGCUGACAUCGGUGGAGUUGGUGCGCACAUAUAUCGAACGUAUCGAAGCAGUUAAUAAGCAUUUGAAUGCUCUGGUCGAAUCUCGGUUUACGGCUGCUCUGGAGGAGGCCACUGAAACUGAUGACCUCAUAGCCAGUUGUCAAACUGCAGCAGAUGUGGAGAAGCUCUUCGAAGAACGACCUUUGCUGGGACUUCCCGUGACCAUUAAAGAGUCAUGUGCCCUCGAGGGCAUGACCUUUGCUGUGGGCAGUCUGUCCAGAAAGAAUAUCAAAGCCCAAGCCGAUGGCGAAGCAGUGAAGCGCUUGAAAUCAGCUGGAGCUAUUCCUCUCCUGGUUUCGGCCACUCCGGAAUAUUGCUUCAGCAUCGAGACGGAAACCUUAUUGAAUGGAAGAUGCCUGAAUCCCUACGAUUCUGAACGGACCCCCGGCGGAAGUUCUGGUGGAGAGGGUUCUUUGAAUGGAGCAGGCGCCUCCCUAUUCGGCAUUGGCUCAGAUAUUGGAGGUUCUAUUCGCAUUCCCAGCCUGUAUUGCGGCAUCUUUGGGCACAAACCAAGUGGAGGCGUGGUCUCUGUCAAAGGACACUUUCCCAACUCAUUAGAUCCGAAUAUCGGACACUAUCUUGUGGAGGGACCUAUAACCCGAUUCGCUGAGGAUCUGUCCGAGUUACUUCAAGUAAUGGCGGGAAAGGAAAAUGCAUCCAAACUGCGAUUGAAAGAACCCGUCCAACUGAAUCAGAUUAAAGUGCAAUAUGCUCUUGGUUUCGAAGGUAUCAAUGGAUGGAUGCAUUCGGCGGUGGAUAAGGAUAUCAGAGGUGCUAUUUGCAAAGCCACAACUCAUUUGAAGACCCUCGGCUUGGACGUAAAGAAAGCGAGACUGCCCAAUCUGGAGAAUUCAAUGGAAAUGGCUUUAUCUGGGAUCGCCGGACAGGAUUUAAUGGAUUAUCUAUUGGCGGAUGAAAAUCCAGAGGGUUCAGGCAAAGUGCGUGAGACUGUCUGGGAGAUUGUUAAAAGUGUACGAGGUCACUCGGAAUACACAACCAACGCCCUGAUCUUUGAACUAAUGCGACGCACAGGGGCCUUUAUGUCGCAAUCGAAGAUUAAUCAAUAUAUGAACGAAACACGCGAAUUGAUCGGAGAGUUCGAGAAUUUACUUGGCGAUGACGGUGUGCUUCUGUUUCCCACUUUGAAUUUACCUGCUCCGAGACACAAGUGGUCCCUCCUAUCACUCUGGGGCGUGGACUAUACCCUGAUGUUUAAUGUUCUUGGACUGCCCGUGACCCAUGUGCCAAUGGGUCUAAAUGAACGGGGACUUCCCAUCGGGCUUUCUGUGAUUGGUGCGCCAAAUCAGGAUCGGUUGUGCCUCCGAGUGGCCGUGGAGUUGGAAAGAGCCUUCGGGGGCUGGAAGCCACCAGUGCCGCACGACCUGGAUGACUAGCUGUA